AUGCCGGGCCUGCCACUUCUGCCACUGUCGCUGCACAACGGAAACCCCAGGGGCAAUGGACACUCAGGCACUGCCUGCACCUGCACUCGCAGGAGAAUUGCCUGGACUCCAAGAUUCCCCAGGCGGGUGCGACGAGUGCGACCUUGCAACCCUGACCUUCCACUCGGCGUCCAAUCCCGAGCCGCGCUGCUUGUUGGACACGGCGUGAGGCGAUUUGACAGCUGCAAUAUCUCGCCGCAAGGCAUGGCCAUUCCUGCAAACCACAGUCCGACGCUGGUUGGCUUGUUAGCUCGGUACGCUAGCGUUUCCAAGGUAAUAACACACCUGUUGCUGCCAGUCAUUCGCUUUCUCCAGGCUUCCAGCUCCCCUUGGCGCGCCGCUGGGGUAUUGUAUCCGAUUGGCGACUUUGGAGAUGUCCAAUGCUGUGUUCUUCCUACUCGUCAUCACAUGUGCACUCUUGCCAAGUAA